CGCACUUUUCUUUUUCAACUUGAAGCAAACUAUUCUUGCCGACCUUACAUAUAUCAUCCAAAGUCCGAGCCAUUGCGUGUGCGUGCUCUUGAUUUCACGCGGGAACAAUGGCCAAGGCGAUGCCAGACAAGAAAGCCGGCGAUGCAGCGACGGCGGCAGCUAAUCCGCUCGAGUUUCAUGUGUAUGGCCCCCGCAACCUGUCGUCCAUCAGCUGGAAAGAUCUCCUUAGCUCAAGCUGGAAGAACGCCAACUACCGGCGGAUGGUGAUCGCGUGCUUCAUCCAGGGGGCGUACCUUCUGGAGCUGGACCGGCAGGAGAAGCGCGACGAGCGCACCGGCCUCGCGCCGCAGUGGUGGCGCCCGUUCAAGUACAGGCUCGCCCAGGUGCUCGUCGACGAGCGCGACGGCUCCAUCUACGGCGCCGUCCUCGAGUGGGACCACCAGGCGGCGCUGUCCGACUACAUCCCGUUCCGCCCCACCCGCGCGCCGGCAGCCGUCGUGGCGCUGCGCGGCACGCUGCUCCGUGCGCCCACGUUCCGCCGCGACGUCGUCGACGACCUCCGCUUCCUGGCCUGGGACAGCCUCAAGGGCUCCGUGCGCUUCGCCGGCGCGCUCGCGGCGCUGCGGGACGCCGCGCGCAAGUUCGGCGUCGGCAACGUGUGCGUGGGCGGGCACUCGCUGGGUGCCGGGUUCGCGCUCCAGGUGGGCAAGGCGCUGGCCAAGGAGCGCGUCUUCGUGGAGUGCCACGUGUUCAACCCGCCUUCCGUGUCGCUGGCCAUGAGCCUCAGGGGGUUCGUCGAGACGGCCGGCGAGCUGUGGGGCCGUGCGCGCGCGUGGAUCCCAUACGUGGGCUCUCAGCCUGCUGCGGACACGAGCGGCGGCCACAGUGAAAGUGAGGCGAGGGCGUCGCUGGCGCAGUCGGGGAUGGGAAGGUGGCUGCCGUACCUGUACAUCAACACGAACGACUACAUCUGCUGCCACUACAGCGACGCAGCGGGCGGCACGGCGACCGUGGCGGUCGACAGCGGGGGCGGGAACGGCGGUGGCAAGGCGGGGGCAGCGACGAUGCUAGUCGUGUCCAAGGGGCCGAGCAAAUUCCUGGCAGCGCACGGGCUGGAGCAGUGGUGGGCUGACGAUGUCGAGCUGCAGGUGGCACUCAACCACAGCAAGCUAAUCGACCGCCAGCUCAGGUCGCUCUACGCAGCGCCGCCGGCCGCACUGCGUGCCCGGAGUUAGGCUUGUGCCGUCGUUUUACCAGGGAGCAACAAAAUACUUCUGAUUCCUUAAAAGAAUAUUCAAAUGUCUGAGUAUUUGUGCGUGGAGAAUUUUUAAUGAAAAGAUUCACAAUUUUGUUUUUUUA